UUCGGAAACAUGUGAAGUACACUUGUGUGAUGAAGUUACUGGAUAUUUUUUAACAUUCUACCUGAAAAAGAGAACCAUGAAGGCGCUUCCCCCCGAGACUGUGCGUCUGCUGUGCAGCUCUCAGGUUAUUACAUCUGUCCUGAAUGUUGUCAAGGAACUGAUCGAGAAUUCACUUGAUGCUGGUUCCUCAAGCCUUGAAGUCAAACUGGAGAAUUAUGGACUGGAUCGCAUUGAAGUGCGAGACAAUGGUUCUGGUAUUAAAGCUACUGAUGUUUCUGUGAUGGCUGUAAAACACUAUACGUCUAAAAUCUCUUGCCAUGAAGACCUGGAACAGCUAGAGACUUACGGCUUCAGAGGAGAAGCUCUGGCAUCCAUAUGUGCCAUCUCAGAGGUGAUUAUUACUACCAAAACUGCAGAUGACGAUUUUAGCAUUCAGUAUUCAGUGGAUCACAAUGGACAGAUCGUCUCUCAGAAGCCAUCUCAUCUUGGCCAGGGCACCACGGUGUGUGCGGCAAAUCUGUUCAAGAACCUUCCGGUUAGACGGCAGUAUUAUUCCAACACUAAAAAAUGUAAAGAUGAGCUUAAGAGGGUCCAGAACUUACUCAUGGCUUAUGCUGUAAUAAAGCCUGAGUUACGGGUCACGCUGAGCCACAACAAGGCUGUGGUCUGGCAGAAGUCCAGGGUGUCGGAUCACCGAACUGCCCUCAUGGCCGUGCUCGGAGCAGCGUCCGUAGCCAACAUGCUCCCCGUCCAGCAUCACCAGGAGCAACCAGAGAUCCACAUCGAUGGAUUCUUUCCCAAACCGGGCUCAGAUUUGAAUUCCACCAGCUCCUCUACGACUGAUAAGUCAUUCAUCUUUGUAAACAGUCGACCUGUGCAUCAUAAAGAGAUACUUAAGCUUAUCAAGCAGUAUUACACCAGUGCUCAGUCUAACAGUGAAUCCGUAAGCCGCCGAUAUCCCACUUUUAUGAUGAACAUCACCAUACCGGCCUCAACUGUGGACGUUAACCUGACACCUGAUAAAACUGAAGUGAUGCUACAGAAUAAGGAUGAAGUUCUGUUGUCAGUGGAGACUAUGCUAAUCUCCUUGUAUGGAUACUCUAAUGGUGAAGAGAAUCUCAAAACUGCAGGAAAUCCCUCUGAUGUUACUUCAUUGGAUGAGCCUAAACGGACUUCCCCAGAUAUUAGUUUAAAGCACCCAGAACUGCCCGAGGAUUCUUCCUCGAAUGCAGAAAAACAGGACGGUGAGCUCUCCUUGAGCAACACCGCAAACACCAGCUCUUCUUCGAUUUCGGAGGAUUGGGUGAUCAACAGAAGUGAUUUGGACAGUAUUAAUUGCUCAGUACCUGUUGACGAUGUGGUAAUGAACUCUACAGCUGAUCUGAACUCCAACUCUCCAAAGGCGUCUGAGAGUGACAGCGGUCCAGAGAGCCAGAUAUCUGCCGAGAACUGGAGUGCGGGCAGGGCCUUCUCCAAUCAAAUCACUGGGGAAUACCUAGAACCUGUCAAACUGCACAUCCCAAAGGCAAUUGAAGACCUUGGAGGAACCGAGGCCAAGAGCGUGAAGUCUAGCCCAUCUAAAAAGCCCUCUAACGUGAUUGUGGAGAAAAUGGCCAAGCUGACAGCCUAUGAGCUUAUCAGCAACCGCUCCGUGCGUCAGCCCUCGUCUGCCUUUUCGCUGUUUGAGCAAGACACCAGAUCGCAGGUCCUCCAGGAGAACCCAAAAGCCAGUCCUCAGGAUGUCACAGCUGCUGCGAAAGAGAGAUGGGAAAGCCUCGGGGAGGAAGACCGCAAAAAGUAUGAAGGCAAGGCCGAAAAGUCUCUGAACGCCUACAACCUUCAAAGGAAGAGGGCAGCGGAGGGAGGCGUCCAGUGCGGAGAGGGCAAGAAGCAGAUGAGCGCCGAGUCUCCAUUGAACAAAGCUCAAGGCGUGAAGCGCAAAGCCCCCCUCGCCAACCAGCAGGCCCUGGACAAACUCUUCUCCUCUCAGCCCUCCAGUAAAAGGAGCCCUGCCAAAAUCUCCAAACCCCUCCCGUUCACUAUCGCAACCCUCAAGCAGAGUCUUAACCUCCUCUCCGAGCAGAGCAGCUCAAGUGUGCAGGGCCUCAGGCUUGUAAACCGCUUGGCUUCUCACGGUGCCUGGGUCGUUUUAUGCGGCAGAAAGCUCAUGUUGUUGAACCCGUUUCGAGUGGAGGAGGCCUUGCUGUUUAAAAGACUUCUGGAGGAUAAUAUACUUCCAACCGUGAGGCUGCAGACCCCCGUACUGCUGACAGAUGGGGUGCUCGGUGGGCCAGAGUACAUGGAUGUCCUUCUGAACAUGAAGAAAGAUGGUCCUGAAUUUAAUGGAGACAUCAGCUUAACUGAUCCCAGGCUUGUGGCAAACGGUUUUGAGAUUAGGAUGAUUUCAGGUCCGCAGUCUUCGGAGAGGCAUGUUGAGGUGAUGGGCAUGGCCGACUGCAUGCCGUUCUUCGGGAUAGGAGACCUGAGGGAGAUUCUGCAGGCUAUAAAGGCCCGCGGAGCAAAAACCGUGGCGCAAUGUAGACCUCGCAAAGUCUCACACUACCUCGAGAGCGAGGCAGUGAGACUAGCAAGACAGUUACCUCUCAGUCUCUCAAGAGCCGAUGUUACAAACACACUUCGCCGAAUGCAACAGGAACUUCAAGACGAAAGUCAGGUCUGCAUUCACAGGCUGCCAUUUUUUCACAAUCUGGUGACCCUUCCUGAAACCGAGCAGGAGGCUCUACAGAUCAUGUCCGGUUCUCAGUAAAAAGGACUUCAAUACAAGGACCCGUCAUUUCAUACACUAUUAUUAAUUGAUCAAUAUCCAGGCCAUUUGAAAUAAUAAAUGUUUUUCUAGAUGAA